AUGCCCCAAAGAACAUUUUCACCUCGUACCUUUAUGGGUGAUCGUGGAAUCGUUUUGGAUAGUUAUGGUCGAGUUUUUGAUGAAAGAAUAUUGGCUCCAAAAGCUUGGAAACCUACAAAUAAUCCAAAUUCAUCAUAUUCAAAUAGACAAUUUGUUGAUGAAAAUUUAUUUGAAGAAGCAGGUCAAGAAAUUCAAACCAUUAUAUUACAAUCAUUCAAUUUGUUGGAUGAAGCCGACGAAUCUAUAAUAUUGGACAGAUAUAACAAAUCGAAAAAGAGUUCUAGGAAUACCGCAACCUCUACAUCUGCAUCAUCUACAUCAUCUAUAUCUACGUCUGCCAGCUCUUUUGUCUCUGCAUCGGUUACAACUAUUGCCAACUUUGUUCAACAACAACAAGCAGCAACCGCAACAACAACGACAGUUGUAGUAGACAGGGAGGAUUUAAUACCGCUCAGCACAAUCAUUGAAAACUAUGUCCAACAGGAUAUAUCUUUGAUCCCAUUUUUUUCAACUCAAUCGCCCGGCAUUCCAGAGGAACCAAUCACUCCUCCAACACGUACACAUAAUCCAAUCACCCUCAACCAACAAUUUUGUUCAACAGACUCUUUUCAACAAGGAGCUGAAAUUGGCCUUCUCUCCAUAUCACCAUGA